AUGAAUGAUCCCAUUCCCGAACCAGUAGUGGAAAUCCACGUUCAAGCGAGAAGACUCUCUCCAUCAGAAGGAGACACAAGCUCAGUCCUCCUCAUCAUCACUGCCACAAAGGAUGAGAUCUAUGUAAACCCAACCACAGGCCACCAUCUUUUGCUAAAGUCAGAACCGGAUCGCUAUGGUUCCACAAAUUUCAGCCUUCAUAGUUGUAACCACCACGAAAUCCAAACGUUACUCCAAGAUCGAAUCCAUAGAACCGAACAUUGGAUGUGCGAUCACUUAGUUCCAAGGAUCUCAACGGCUGCAAUCAACUCAGGUUUUGGGUGCAACGGCGUUGAAUUGACCGUGUGCAUCGUACUUACUUAUCAGCGUUACGUCGAUGUUAUGCCUGAUCCUUCUCCGUCGAACACCAAGCCAUCAUUGAGAAAUAUGGUUCUACUGGGGAGGGUGGAUGCAGAGGAAUUGAAGAGUUUGAACAUGGAAACAGAGUUGUGUUCCAUCUGUCUCGAGAGUCUAGUCUCCACUUUGAGUACACCCACUCGCAUGAGUUGUUCCCAUGUCUUCCACGGUCGCUGUCUCUUGAAUUGGCUCGACGGGAAAAAUACUUGCCCGUUGUGUCGAACUGUGCUCUACGAACGAUGA